UGUGAGAGAGGGAUUGUCGCUGCGCAGUGGAGGUGAUGCUGUCCUGAUCUCUGUAGAGUUUGAAUGGAAAUAGUAGCGCGUGAAUUUCAGUUCACCUGCUAAGGAAAGCGUCCACUCAGACACAAGUGGGAAAAUGGACAUUCUCAAGUCUUUAGGACACCCGGAAGAAAUAAUCAACCUCUUUAAAUACAAAAUAGGAGGAUGUCGUUCUGUUAUGCCUAAACUGGAUUAUGACUCCAUGAGCGAAACCCUGCGGACCUGCUACGUGUAUCUGAACCAGACCAGCCGGAGCUUCGCGGCGGUGAUUCAGGCCCUGGAUGGAGAACUGCGGCAUGCUGUGUGUAUUUUCUACCUGGUUCUACGAGCCCUGGACACCGUAGAAGACGACAUGACCAUCCCGCUGGAGAAGAAGGUCCCGCUGCUGCACGACUUCCACACGUUCCUGUAUCAGCCCGAAUGGUGCUUCACAGAGAGCAGAGAGAAAGACCGACGGGUCCUGGAGGAUUUCCCCACGAUUUCAGUGGAGUUCAGGAACUUGGGCCAAGAGUAUCGGGACGUCAUUUCAGACAUCUGUCACCGGAUGGGAGUAGGAAUGGCUGAAUUCCUGGAGAAGAAAGUUGCUUCAAUGAAGGAGUGGGACAAAUACUGUCAUUACGUGGCGGGUCUGGUGGGGAUCGGACUGUCCCGACUCUUCUCAGCGUCCCAGUUGGAGGAUGUUGAGGUGGGCCGGGACACGGAGCUGGCCAACUCCAUGGGUCUGUUCCUCCAGAAGACCAACAUCAUCAGGGACUAUCUGGAGGACCAGCAGCAGGGACGGGCCUUCUGGCCGCAGGAGGCCUGGAGUCAGUUUGCGUCCCGUCUGGAGGAUUUGGCCCAGCCUCAGCACCUGAGCUCCGCCCUGUCCUGCCUCAACCUGCUGGUGACCGACGCCCUCCGCCACGUCCCUGAUGUCAUCGCGUACCUCUCCCGCCUCCGCAACCAGAGCGUCUUCAACUUCUGUGCCAUUCCUCAGGUGAUGGCGAUAGCGACUCUGUCUGCGUGCUACAACAAUCCUCAGGUGUUUCAGGGGGUGGUGAAGAUCCGGAAGGGUCAGGCGGUGACGCUCAUGAUGCAGGCCACAAACAUGGGCGCCGUUCAGAGCAUCAUUGCUCAGUACAGUCAGGAGAUCCUGCAGAAAGUCUCCGUCACGGAUCCGUCCCGGGAAAAGACUCUGUGUAUCCUGAAUCUCAUCUGUGAGAAGAGCCUGUCCGGAGCGGCGCUGUCGUCCCGAGCGCACCACAUCUCUCCGGUGUACGUGUCGGCGGCCAUGCUGCUGGCGGCCCUCAGCUGGCAGUACCUGAACGCCACGGCGGGACCACCAGGGGGCGCAGACAUGCAGGGACACUGAGACGCUUCCCUCCGAACGCCCGACGGCUGAACCUGCCAGAACAGGCUUGAGAAGGGCUCGGGAUUUUUAGGUUGUUUUUUUAUUUAGGUGAAUCUCACAAACACACACGUCCGGCUCAUGUUUCACCUCAUUUUUCUCAAGCGAGAAAAAAUAAGAAAUAAUAUUUUGCAUUAAGAAAAUUAAGCCUAUUAUGAUUUUUGACUUUGUAAAAUAUUUUUUUACACAAAUGAAAUUAAAUAAAACAUAUUUUAUUUAAAAAAAAAAAAAA